CCACCUGGAGGGCACACACAGCACCACGGUAGAGCCCAUUUCGUCCACACACCUAAGCGCGAAAAGGUCUGUCUGGCCACGGAGUUGCGCUUUUGUUUGUUCUCUUCUUUCAUUCCCCUCUUUGCAGCAGCAGCAGCAGCAGUAGCAGCAAGUGCAGAGUGGCAUUUAUUUGGUGACGGUAGAAUUAACAAACAAAAGAAAAAAGCAAAAGCGCGAACGCGCCGCAGAUUUCGUGGCCGUUCUGAUCGUUAGUGUACAAGUGUUUUCCACGUUUCUCCAUAAAAUCUAAUGCCUAGCAAGCGCUGAUCGAUUUUCAGAGUGCAAAAGUGAUCGAUAGUGCUACCGUGCCGGGUACUUCCGGGUUGUAAGGGGUUACGGAGCAAGGUGAAAAAGAUCGUGUGUGCAAAAGAUGUGCAAAAGGGCAAGUGCUAAAGGUGCGCGCGGUGAUCGCGGCACCGUUGAGCAUGUAUGAGUGCGAUGUUACUUAUGUCUGCAAAUUAUGUCGAGGGUUGGAGGCGUCUUCCCUGUGUGUGUGUUUGUGAGUGUUUUGUGGUGAUUUGUGAAAUAUUAAAAGAAAUUUGAUUACAAAAUGUAACCCAAAAGGUCGUUGGAUGACCAAGUGACCAAGUGAUCGUACAAGUCCAUUUCUAAAAAACAUCUAAUUGUAUGAGUGAGACAACAUAAGCCAACAGCUACUAGUGACACAGAACGAAAAGCCGGCGCCGUGUAAGAGAAAAUUGUUCCACUGAUCCGAUCGCAGCUCUUCUAAUGAACGGGCAAUACGUUGACAUUUCAGCUUGUGGCUUCCGGACUGACUAAAUAAGAAAACCAAAAUCUAUAAUUAGGUGUUUUCCACCACCAGUCCAAAGUCUGGUUAUCAUCGCGGUGCUCCAAAUAGCGGGGGUAGCGUCGGUACGGAAAAAUACUCAAUCAGCUCAUUCAAUCUCUUAACGAGAGUGCAGUGAAAACGUGUGUGAUCAGAGGAAUUACAAAAAAGCAAAGGGUGGAAAACUCCGCCACUUGUGGUGUGUAUGUGUGUGUGUGUGUGUGUGUGUGUGUGAGUGUGUGUGGUGUAAGCUUCCGCAAACGAAGUGUGUUGAGUUGAGAGUGUGGGUGCGCGGAAAAGCGGCAAUGUUGAAGAGUGGUGGUUUUUAGGAAAACCCUCAUCCAACCAACUCCAAACCCAAAACCGGAAGAAACUUGCGCUCGCGUACGACGAUCACAGUCCGUGCCCGAUCUCACACCGCAUUUCAAUGAGAGCGGAAACGGUAGCUCCAUAAAGCGGAAACAAUGUCGUCGGAUAGGAUACAUCGUGCUGCCAAGGACGGCCUGCUGGAUGUGCUGCGCGAAGCGACCCGCUCGGAAGCGAACGCGAAGGAUGUGGACGGCAUGACACCGGUACUGUGGGCCGCCUUCGAAGGACAUUUCGAUGCGCUCAAGCUACUAGUCGCCCGCGGCGGCGACCCGGACAAGGCGGACCAGUUCGGCAACACGGCACUGCACCUGGCCGCGGCCAAGGGUCACAUGCAGUGCGUCGACUUUCUCGUACAGUUCGGCGUCAAUCUGUACGCGCUCGAUAUCGAUCACCACAGUGCGCAGGAUCUGGCCGCGAUCAACAACCGGGACAAGAUUUUACGCUAUCUGGAUGCGGCCGCCGCCACCCUGGAAGCUACCGAUAGGAAAAAAGCACACGAGUACCGGGAGCAGGCGAAGAAGAAGAGCGAAAAACGGGCCCGGGAGUUUGCCAGCCGGCAGCAGAAGCUCGACCGGGAGCAAGACACUACCAUAAGGAUACGCCCACACCGACCAUCGAACAUGCUGCAAGCGCUGAAGCACAAGCUGUGGUCGGGCAGUCAGGGCAAUCUGGCGCAGGGUCAGCCGCGGAUAGUGAACGACUCGCCGGGGCUGCAGCCGUCGCAGCCACCGCCGCCAGUGUCGACCACCAAGUUUAGCGCCCUGGUCGGCGGGACGGUACUGCGAGGUGGUGGUGCGGUGAAAAAGCGAGCCGACGCUAUGAAGAUACGCCAGCAGAUGGAAAAUGGAGAUUUCAAAAUCGGGGAAAUGGAGGCGAACGGAAAACGGAGUGUCCGUUCGAUUCAGGGACUGCGGCGGGAUUCAGAGGUCCUGUACGUUGGGACGUACAGCUCGAACGAUGAUUCGAACGCUUCGGAACGGCGUGGCAAGCUGAAGGACGUGUUCGACGUGGAACCGUCCCAGCACGAAGGGCGCGAAAAUGACGACGCCGACGAGGACAGUGGCAGUGGGGCGAGCGGAAAGUUUGGCACCAUGUCGCGGUCACUCAGUCAGCCGGAUUUUCUCGCUGCUGCCGCCGCCGGCAACGACGAUGGCGUGACAGAGGAUGUGCUACUGCAGCGGCCGUCCGGACUGUUUAGCAGGCCCUCAUUCGGCAAUUUGGCUUUUCCAAGAUCCGUUUCAAACGUCCUUGCCCAGCUGGGCAGCGAACAAACGUCCAGCGCAUCAUCCGACGGUUCGGUCAAGGCGAAACCUGCCUCGAAGGGAGCGAUCAAACCCCGGUCCCAGCUGGUCAUUUCCGACUCGGACUCGGAGGUGGAAAGCUCCGACAACGAGGAGAACGAUUCGCUCGCUAUACUGCGCUUCCUGGCCGCGUUCAAGCUGGAGGAUUACUACCCAAUCUUUCAAAAGAACGAAAUCGAUAUGGAAACGCUGAUGAUGCUUACGGAGACGGAUGUAAAAUCGCUGGGCCUGCCGCUCGGACCGUACCGGCGCCUCUGCAACGCGAUCCAGGAGCGCAGGGAAGCGCUGGCCACCCCCGGCACUAUCAGUGAUAGUCGUUUGUAGUAGACCCAGAUCAUGGGGGACGGGCGGACGGAUCCCCCACCCGUUCAAUUACUGGGGUCUGUAAAGUGUACAGCAACAUUUAAGCUACAUUUUAAUGCAGUGUACUAAGCAUACAUGUUACAUGGUGUAUGCAGCUGGAAAUAAAUUAUUUGGAAUUUUACGAAAAAUAAGAA